UUUCCGUGUUUUAUAAAGAUCAGAACAGAGAGUUUUAUAAAAUUAGGAAAAGGAAUGAAUGCGUCCCUCAAAACAUGGAAACGAAUAACUGUAACUGUGAUUUGGAUGCCAAAGAAGAAUGUUCAGAGCCCAAAAUGUGCCAGAGGGGUCAUUGGAGACAAGAUGAAGAUAACAAACUUAUAGAGCUUGUUCAAAAGUAUGGUCCGCAAAACUGGAAUGCUAUUGCAGACGAACUCCAUGGAAGAUCAGGGAAAAGUUGCAGGCUGAGGUGGUAUAACCAGCUGGAUCCACGCAUCAAUCGAAGGCCCUUCACGGAAGACGAGGAGGCCAGGCUUGUCGCUGCUCAUCGAUUACAUGGUAAUAAAUGGGCAACCAUUGCCUGCCUCUUUCCAGGAAGAACUGACAAUGCUAUAAAGAACCACUGGCAUGUUAUCAUGGCAAGAAAAUUCAGAGACCGAUCUCGAAUCUAUGGCAGACGUUAUUCAUGGCAUUCUCUGAGAAAGGCGGCAACUCGAAAUGCCAGGCACUCUGCAGAUCUUCACUACCACAUUGCUCAAAGUUCUGUCAACACAAGAAAGCCUCUGGACCUUAUCAAAAAUCUCUCUUUCCAAACCAAUUCACGAGGUAGCAUUCCAUCUGCCGAAGGCGAGGAUUGCAGUGACAGAACGACGACAGAAUUUCGGUCUCCAAAACCCACCUUGGAAACAUCUUUUUCUUCAUCAGCAUUUUCAUGGCCUGUAAUGCCAGAGCCACCAGAUAUGGCUAAAUGGGAGAAGCUCCGUUAUGAAUGGAAACAACUAGGAUCUACUGGUUCAGAUGCUGAAUUCCAUGGACAACUCAAACUACCACAUGCUUAUCAUCACCUUAGGAUUCCUCCUCCUUGUAGAAAGAGUGAUAAAAGCCUAUCUAAACCUAACCAAGGCAUAAAAUUGAUUACUGGUAACACCUACAAUCCCUUUGUUGGACAUUUGGGAAUUAAUUAUAAUAAGAAUUCUAAAUGCAGAACACCGGUAAAAGUAAAACUUUUACCUUUCAAUCAGUCUCAUAAUGUAAAAAAUGGGAAGCCUAUAGAGAUCCCAGGGAUAGAAGGUCGUCAGGUAAAAUGUGCUGAUUUUAAUGCGAAUGGAUCAGAUGCUGAACCUUCACGGUCUCAUUCAAUGGAUAAAGCAGAAGAGGAGCCAGGAAGCAAUGGCACAGAUAAAGUUCUCUUCAUCGAUUUCUUAGGAGUGGGGGCUUCAUAAUUGAAGACCAAUGAAACGUGCAGAUGUACAUCUUGCACCAAAAUGUUUGUAUAUAUAUAACUGGGAAACUUAAGUAUGACAUUAUGCAGGUUAACCGUGAUUGUAGCCAUGAAGGUAAAUUCAGGCGCUCAAUCCAUCGUAUAAACAUACAAAGUAUGGAAUCAAUUAGAUUGUGCAUUGCGGAAGAAUUUAUUUUACAUGAAUGUUAAUUUAAAAUGGCACUAUU